AUGGGUUCUACUGCAGGAAAUUCGAGGAUCACAUUGAGCAUAUGCUGUAAUAUUCUUCCAUUCUAUGGGAAAUACAGGACUUGGAGCAAGCUGCUAAUACAGCUGUGUAAAUAGAUCUAAGCUUGCUUUUGAGAAAUACAAAAAAGAGCUGACAACGCUGAAUGAAUGUGUUGUUUGGCGAUCUGAUAAGUAUGAAAUCGAGGUAUUAUUGAAAAAGAUCUAUAAAACAGACUUGUUUGUAGAUAAACCGCCUAUAUUCCAUUUGAGAGGAUAUGAAGAGCAAGACAGAGAGUUAAUAAAGCUAAUCAGACCUUAUCAGUAUCCAGAGAAUGAUAAUUUUCAAGUUAUUAUUACCGAUUUCGAUGCUUUUAAAGCCCAAGAACUAAAAGAUAUUAUAAAGAUAGUAAAAGAAAACAUUCCUGAAGAAAUAUCAGUAUUCAAAGCUAAAUGCAGGAACCCUAUUGAAAGUAAUUCCCUUCACUUAUCAUUCUUUCGAGCAAUUAUACCAAAGGUCAGGAGAAAAAUCGUUAUUGAGAAUCUUUUAAUAUGAGAGCAAAUCCAUGAUCUUUUACUUAAAAAUCCUAUUGGUUGUAUCCUUCUUUUUCCCACCUCAGAUCAACCCCUCAGUCCUUUCUGCAGCAUUUCAGUUAAGAGCAAGCACACAGAGUUCUACAAUAGUGAAGAGGACUAGGAUGAAUUUAUAACACUUAAUUUGGCCCAAAAUGGGGAAAUCUAA